AUGUGGACUGCCAUUGUAUUCUUCCCACUGAUUUCUUUCUGCCUGUGUGAACACAGAUUUUCUGUGCUGAAAGGGAGAGGAGUCCAUGUAGUGCAAAUAAACAGACUUACAACUGAAAAGCAGUGCAGGGAGACUUGUCACAGCCCAGGUGCCUCAGGUAACCAUCACUGUAAUUGGUCUGUGCCCUACCAGAAUCGUUGCAUCCUCUUGCAGUGUCACCAGCUGAGUGUAUGCCAGAAUGCCAGAGAACAAGACAUCAAAGGUCUGCUUGGAGAAAUGGUCCAUAGGAAAGGGGAAACAGUCCUGUUCCACCACUGGCACUAUCCACAGAAAAAGGAGAGGAUGGUGAAUGCACGGGUUGACCAACACAACGUGGAAAACCUGUUCUCCUCGACUGCUUGGACUCACAAGAUUCACCUGAGGCAUUUGCUUGAGACUGAGGAUAAAGAUGUCACAACAAACACGAGUGAAGUGACUGCAGACAGAGCUGCCCCCACCACAGCGACCACCCCCACUGCCACAGCCGCGACAAGAGCCGCAGCCAGCGCGGCGCUCCUCCCCACAGCUCACCCCACUGCCGCCAGGGCCCCCAGCACCCCGGGAGCUCCUGCUCUCCCUGCUGGAGCCAGGCCACCCGCCACCUCUUCUCCCGUGUCUGGUAACACCUCUGCUUCUACUUCCAGCCGUGUCACCAAGUUUGUGACCACCACUGAAAAGCCAGGAAGUAGCAGCUCUGUCUCGGUGUUGUCCCCCCCUCAUACUUCUGCCCCCCUCCCUGCCACUCCUGAGGCGGGGACUCCAGUGCCUCCAACGCAGCACUUUGCACCAGCGGGCACCAGUGCCCCCAGCUCUGGCAGCACCCCCACCGCUGGCGCUGUCCCGGGGACACUGGACACAGCACUGAGCACCCUCCUCCUGCAGGGUGCAGGGGUAUCUACAGCUUCCACUCCUACCACGGCACUCGCCCCUCUGGGGAGUUCACACUCUGCAGAUCCACUGCCUGUCACCACGCUGCGAUAUCUACAGCCAGAACCAACUACAGCCACAACACCCAUGAGCAGAUCAGCUUCUCCCCUGGGCUCUACAAGAGGUGCCACGGUUUUGACUACUGCCCCUACAGCAGAAACAACAACUGGGCAUGCAAUAAAGUCAACAUCUCACGUUUUUCCAACAACCACAGCUCCAACAGAUGCCCCCAAAACGACAGCUUCAGGCAUUGCAGAAACUCAGGACACAGACAGUGGGUAUCUGCUAAUUGCUGCCGAGCCCCUCACUCAGUACUUGGUGGAUAAAAGUUCGCUUCUUGCAGUGCUUUUAGUUGGUACAUUUUUUUUCAUAACUGUUAUAGUUCUUUUCCUUACGCAGGCCUACGAGAGCUACAAGAAGAAGGAUUACACACAAGUGGAUUACCUGAUCAAUGGGAUGUAUGUGGACUCGGAGAUGUGA